AUAUAUUUAUUAUAUCCCCAACUGUCUUUCAUCCUUUCUUUUACCACAUUUAAAGUUCAGUUUGUUCUUCAACUGUUAAACAACAUCUUCUUGUCAUUUCAUCAACUACACGUCCAAACCAAGCUAAAGAUCACACCUCUACAACAUUUCUCGAACACUCUCAAAAUAAAAAUCUAAUCUUUAUAUCCUUGAUCAUAAGAAACACACACACAAUGGCAAAUGCAUGUGUGGCUGCAAGAGUGGUGUGUUCUAGCAUUGUUGAAGGUGUUUCUGCUUCUGAUUCUAGGGUGCCCAGGUUUAUCAGUAAAGGCUGCAAACUAGUUGGGUGUGGUUCUGCAGUGCCAAGUUUAAAGGUGUCGAAUGCUGAUCUUGCGAAAUUUGUUAAAACCAAUGAUGAAUGGAUCUCCACUCGCACAGGGAUUCGGAAUCGACGGAUUCUUUCAGGAACCGAAAGCUUAGUGGGUCUGGCUGCAGAAGCAGCGAGGAAAGCUCUUGAGAUGGCCGAAGUUGAUCCUGAUGAUGUGGACCUAGUCUUAUUAUGUUCGUCGACUCCUGAGAAUCUCUUUGGAAGUGCUACUCAGAUCCCAAAAGCUCUUGGCUGCAAAAAGAAUCCAAUGGCUUACGAUAUAACAGCUGCUUGUAGUGGAUUCAUCUAUGGUAUUGUCUCAGGGUCUAGUUAUAUCCGAGGUUCUGGCUUUAAAAAUGUUCUUGUGAUCGGGGCUGAAGCGCUUUCUCGUUAUACUGACUGGACUGAUAGAGGGACCUGUAUCCUCUUUGGGGAUGCUGCUGGUGCUGUGUUGCUCCAGGCUUGUGAUGUCGAGGAUGAUUGUUUAUUUGGUUUCGACUUGCACAGCGAUGGGGACGGUCACAGACAUCUGAAUGCCGCCAUGGAGCAAAAGGAAUUGGAUGAUGCAUCGGCCUCAAAUGGUUUAGUAUUAGGGUUUCCCCCGAACAGAGCCUCAUAUUCAUGCAUAAAGAUGAAUGGUAAGGAGGUUUUUAAGUUUGCUGUUCGUGUUGUGCCACAGUCAGUUGAAUAUGCACUGCAGAAUGCUGGUCUCACGGUGUCUAGCAUUGAUUGGUUACUGCUUCAUCAGGCAAACCAGAGGAUCCUUGAUGCAAUUGCUAAUCGUUUAGAAGUCCCAUUAGAGCAGGUUAUCUCCAACUUGGAAAAUUAUGGCAACACAAGUGCAGCAUCUAUCCCUUUGGCAUUGGAUGAAGCUGUUCGAAGUGGGCGGAUCAAACCAGGCCACACUAUUGCAGCAGCUGGUUUCGGGGCUGGUUUAACAUGGGGUUCUCUUAUCAUAAGAUGGGGAUGACUUUCGGAAAUCUUUACAAUAUAGAACAAAAAAGGUUACAUACAUCAGCUCUUCAGUUUUUUCUUCCAAUUCAGAUGAAUGCAGUUGCUUUAAAGAAGUUGCAGUUGAUUUUU